CAUCUCGACCCCCCCUGCGUCCCAGGAAUCGGUGCAGGCGGUGGGAGGGGAAGCAGAACCAGGAGCAGAACCAGAGACGUCGUCUCCGGAGAUUGAGGCCCAGCCGAGGCCAGCAGCCAGAAGGGUCUCCCUCGCAGUCCUCCAUACGUACCCACAGUUUCCUCCAGUCAUAUUGGAAUACAUGCAAGAGUACUGGGUCCAUUUAAAGGGCUCAUCGGCCACGAAGAAGCAUCAGGAGAACCAAAAAUCGAAGGUUGGGCGCAUCAUGCAGUUUCUAGCUUUCCUGUCGGAGGGUCGGACGAGUCUGGGGAACUGGAUGUUCCUCAACAACGUCAAAAAGAUCCACAAGUUUCCAGAGCAUCUCAUGGCUGAGGGGAAAGCGGUAACCACCAUCCGAGCAUACCACGUCAACAUAGCUGAAUUCAUCACGUUCUUCCGGGACACACCACCGGCAUCCUCCAGAAUGUCCCGGGCUGCCAUGUUUGCGGUUGCUCGCGCCCUGUCUGCGAUCAUCUCGAGGCUGGGGAGGCGUGUGGUCAUUCAACAGAUCCGAGUUAAAAAACAAAAAAUCAGCACUGCGAUUCCCAGGGAGGCUCUCAGAAGGUGCCAGGCCCUGGCCCGGCAAAAUAUUCCAGAUAUUCUCGCUGCACUGGCCACCAAGGCUAACCCGGAGACAAGGAGGAGGUUUUACGGCUACUUCAGCGCCUAUGUGGCCAGCCUUUACGGGCACAGAGCGGGGGUCCUGAAAAACAUGACCGUGUCAGAGGUCCGCGAAGCCCGCCAGGAGGGCGGUACUGGAGAGCAGGGGGGCUUCGUGAUCAAUGUCAAGGAGCACAAAACGAACCGGGCCUUCGGACCGGCACAGAUCUUCCUCACGUCAGAGGAAUACUCCUGGAUCGAGCGGUGGGUCGACAUCCGGGACAAGCUGCAGCCUAAAACGGAUCGCGUCUUUUUCUCGGGGAGCCAUGGUACGAUGGAGAAGCUGCUCGGUCCAAUGCAAGCGGCGUGGGCGGAUAUGGGGUUACCCGGAUGUCCUACGUUCACCCACUUCAGGACAACUAUUGCGACUUAUGCCAGAAACGUUCUCUCUCCAAAGUCUCGUCAGAUAAUAUCUAAAACAAUGUGCCAUGACACGUUAACGGCGGACAAAUACUACUCUCUCCACCUGGAUGCUGCUCAACUUUCGGAGAUCCGGGAGAAGUUUGAGCUUGCCACCCAGCCAUCUGGGGACCCUGAUGAGGAUGACUUUGUGUCCCACCCACAACAGGGUCUCCUAGCCAUGUCGGAGUCCUCCAGCGGAGAAGAACAAGAGACCGGGGGGAAAAAAACAGGAAAAAGGGCCACCCCAGAACCGGGCGAGGGCAGCCCAGAACCGGGCCAGGGCAGCCCAGAACCGGGCCAGGGCAGCCCAGAAUCGGGCCAGGAGGCACCACCGACCCAGGGCAGCCCACUGUCCCAGCUCAGCCCACAACUAACACCGGCCCGGUUCAGCCCACUGUCCCGGCGUGGCCAGGAGGAACCAUCGAGCCAGGACAGCCCAAUGUCCCAGGGCAGCCCACAACCACCACCACCGGCCCAGGGCACCGAGGAACCGGCCCAGGGCACCGAGGAACCGGCCCAGGGCACCGAGGAACCGGCCCAGGGCACCGAGGAACCGGCCCAGGGAAGCACAACACCGGCCCAGGUCACCGCAUCAUCCAGCCAGGGCAGGUCAUCGAUACAACGCACUCCUUUGAUAACACGCCUCAGGACAAAGAAUGCCACUCCGAUGGAGCUGUACAGACUGCGUAGACGGAUCAUUAAGAAAACCCCACAGCUGCGGAAGAAAUACAGAAAAUAA